GGAGCAGCCCGGGCAGCAGAGGCGGGUAGGGGGGUCGAGUCCAGGCGGAGUCGGGGAGGCUCCUGCUCUUGGCCCCUCUGCCUGCUGGACCAGCCGCCUGGCCCGGACCUCGGGCAGGGUGGACAGGGCGAGGUGCCCCCUUGGUCCGGUCCGGGAGGCAGAUGAUGAGGAGCGAUGGGGCAGGCGUGCGGCCACUCCAUCCUCUGCAGGAGCCAGCAGUACCCGGCAGCGCGACCGGCUGAGCCGCGGGGUCAGCAGGUCUUCCUCAAGCCGGACGAGCCGCCGCCGCAGCCAUGCGCCGACAGCCUGCAGGAUGCUUUGCUGAGCCUGGGCUCCGCCAUCGACGUCGUGGGCUUGCAGCGGGCUGUCAGGGAGGCCCUGUCCGCUGUGCUCCCCAGAGUGGAGAGCAUCUAUAUCUACCUGCUGGAUGGAGAGUCCCGGCUGGUGUGUGAGGACCCUCCGCACGAGCUGCCCCAGGAGGGGAAAGUCCGAGAGGCUGUGACCUCCCGGAAACGGCUGGCCUGCCAUGGACUGGGACCCUUGGACUUGCCAGGGAAGCCCUUGGCCAAGCUGGUGGCUCCAUUGGCCCCCAACACCCAAGUGCUGGUCGUACCGCUGGUGGACAAGGAGGCCGGGACUGUGGCUGCCACCAUCUUGGUGCACUGCGGUCAGUUGAGCGACAGUGAGGAAUGGAACUUGCAGGCUGUGGAGAAGCACACCCUCGUGGCCCUGCGGAGGGUGCAGGCCCUGCAGAAGCGAGGACCCUUCGCGGGCCCUGGCACCGCCCAGAACUCCCCGGCGCGGGCGGCCAGCGACCAGAAGGGCCAAGCUGGGUACACCGACCAGGACAGCAAGAUUCUGAAACUCUGCGGGGAACUCUACGACCUGGACGCCUCCUCCUUGCAACUCAAAGUUCUCCACUAUCUGCAGCAGGAGACCCAGGCCUCGCGGUGCUGCCUCUUGCUGGUGUCUGAGGACAACCUCCAGCUUUCCUGCAAGGUCAUCGGAGAUAAAGUGCUGGAGGAGGAGAUCAGCUUUCCGCUGACAACCGGACGCCUGGGCCAGGUGGUGGAAGACAAGAAGUCCAUCCAGCUGAAGGACCUCACCUCUGAGGAUGUGCAACAGCUGCAAAGCGUGCUGGGCUGUGAGCUGCAGGCUAUGUUGUGCGUCCCUGUCAUCAGCCGGGCCACCGACCAGGUGGUGGCUCUGUCUUGCGCCUUCAACAAACUUGGAGGAGACUCGUUCACGGACCACGAUGAGCAUGUGGUGGAGCACUGCUUCCGCUACACCAGCACCGUGCUCAUCAGCACCUUGGCCUUCCAGAAAGAGCAGAAACUCAAGCGUGAGUGCCAGGCUCUUCUGCAGGUGGCAAAGAACCUCUUCACUCACCUGGAUGACGUCUCUGUCCUGCUCCAGGAGAUCAUCACCGAGGCCAGAAACCUCAGCAAUUCCGAGAUCUGCUCCGUGUUCCUGCUGGAUCAGAACGAACUGGUGGCCAAGGUGUUCGAUGGGGGCGUGGUGGAUGAUGAGAGCUACGAAAUCCGCAUCCCGGCCGAUCAGGGCAUCGCGGGCCACGUGGCGACCACUGGGCAGAUCCUAAACAUCCCGGACGCCUAUGCGCACCCGCUUUUCUACCGCGGCGUGGACGACAGCACCGGCUUCCGCACGCGCAACAUUCUGUGCUUCCCCAUCAAGAACGAGAACCAGGAGGUCAUUGGCGUGGCCGAGCUGGUGAACAAGAUCAAUGGCCCGUGGUUCAGCAAGUUCGACGAGGACCUGGCCACGGCCUUCUCCAUCUACUGCGGCAUCAGCAUCGCCCACUCCCUCCUGUACAAAAAAGUCAACGAGGCCCAGUACCGCAGCCACCUGGCUAACGAGAUGAUGAUGUACCACAUGAAGGUCUCAGACGACGAAUACACCAAACUGCUCUACAACGGGAUCCAGCCUGUGGCUGCCAUAGACUGCAGCUUCGCCAGCUUCACCUAUACCCCUCGCUCCCUGCCCGAGGAUGACACGUCCAUGGCUAUUCUGAGCAUGCUGCAGGACAUGAAUUUCAUCAAUAGCUACAAAAUCGACUGCCCCACACUGGCCAGGUUCUGUUUGAUGGUGAAGAAGGGCUACCGGGACCCUCCCUACCACAACUGGAUGCACGCCUUCUCCGUCUCCCACUUCUGCUACCUUCUUUACAAGAACCUGGAGCUCACAAACUACCUCGAGGACAUCGAGAUCUUUGCCCUGUUUGUCUCGUGCAUGUGUCAUGACCUGGACCACAGGGGCACCAACAACUCCUUCCAGGUGGCCUCGAAAUCUGUGCUGGCUGCUCUCUACAGCUCGGAGGGCUCUGUCAUGGAGAGACACCACUUCGCACAGGCCAUCGCCAUCCUCAACACCCACGGCUGCAACAUCUUCGACCACUUCUCCCGGAAGGACUAUCAGCGCAUGCUGGACCUCAUGCGGGACAUCAUCCUGGCCACGGACCUGGCACACCACCUGCGCAUCUUCAAGGACCUCCAGAAGAUGGCUGAAGUGGGCUAUGACCGGAACAACAAACAGCACCACAGCCUCCUCCUCUGCCUCCUGAUGACCUCCUGUGACCUCUCUGACCAGACCAAGGGCUGGAAGACCACAAGAAAGAUCGCAGAGCUGAUCUACAAAGAGUUCUUCUCCCAGGGAGACUUGGAGAAAGCCAUGGGCAACAGGCCGAUGGAGAUGAUGGACCGAGAGAAGGCCUACAUCCCGGAGCUGCAGAUAAGCUUCAUGGAGCACAUUGCAAUGCCCAUCUACAAACUGCUACAGGACCUGUUCCCCAAGGCUGCAGAGCUGUAUGAGCGUGUGGCCUCUAACCGUGAGCACUGGACCAAGGUGUCCCACAAGUUCACCAUCCGCGGCCUCCCAAGCAACAACUCCCUGGACUUCCUGGACGAGGAGUAUGAGGUCGCCGAGCUGGACGGCUCCAGGGCCCCCGUCAAUGGCUGUUGCAGCCCAGAGGCGGAAUGAGCCCCUCCCUUGACCCUUCCCUGCCCAGGCCUCCCCCUUCCCCCACCCUCCAUCGGCCUGGCCCGAUGCACUGGGGACCAGAGCCAGGAGCCCUGGGCUCUAGACUAGGACUUCCCACGUGACCCUGGACAAGUCCCGCCCUCCCCGAGCCUCAGCUUCCUCAUCUGUAGAACGGCAGUCAGGCUCUCAGCCUCCCUAAGACUUUGUACUUGGCCCUCGAGGGCGCUGGGGUCACCAAUGAGCAGUUGGCCCCACUCUGCCCCUCUGAUAGCACCUUGGCGACUCCAUCCUCCCCUCGCCACUCCUUCUCUGAAGCAGCCUGUGCCGUUUCCUCCGGUGCCCCAUCCCCACCCCACGGGCUUGUGCCCUUCUCCCCAGGGCACUCCCCAGGUCCCCUGGGUCCUCAUUGGAAGGGUGUGCAGAGGGCGGUGCUCCGCAGCACCCAGUGGUGGAGGGAUUAGAAAUUGCCAUCCAGUCCAAGGGGGCCCUGAGGACGAGCCGCAGGUGGGGUGAUCUGUGGGACCCGGGAGGUAGCUGCCAGAGGAGGAGGGCAGGCUGGGAGACGGGCAGGCCUAGCUUUGAGUCUCUCCGCAGCGCUUCCUCCUGGCUGCGUGACCCUGGACCAGCCCCUCUGCCUCUCUGGUCAAAAUGGGGUGAAGACAAUCUAUUCUCUAAGCGUCCUUUUAGAUCCAAGUCUGUAGCUCUGGCAGCCCAGGUGAGGGCCUGGCCUGUUCCUGCCUCCCUGGGCCCAGAGAGUCCCUCCGUGCCCCCCUGAACUGUGCCCACUUGACCUGAACGCCGCGACUCCUAUAGCCAGAGAGGGGCCAGGCUGAGCCCCAGCAGGUGUCUCUCCUCCUCAAGGCCAUACCACCUGUGCCCGGGCUCCGGUAGCCCCUCGGGGCCAGCCUUGGGGGUCUGCCGGGCGCUGGCUUCUCUCUUCCUUGUUGGGUUCUGUGUGUGUUGUGGGGUGGGGGGAGGGGGCCACCUGCCUUACCUAUUCUGAGUUGCCUUUAGAGAGCUGCGUUUUUUAGGACUCUGUGUUGUCUAUGGUCCUGUGGGCUGACCGCUUUGUACAUGAGAAUAAAUCUAUUUCUUUCUAUGG